GGUGGGGGCAAGUCCGGAGGGGGCCGGGAUGCUGCUGGGCUCUGGGCGUGGCUGUCGGGGCAGUGGCUGGCAGGGAGGCGGGGCUCAGCAGGGUCCGGUCCCGAGCCCGGCUUCCAGGGGGACCAGCUGGCCGCAGCGCUGAGCGCUCCCACCCAGAGCGCCUCCUCCAGCCCCGCGCAGCCUCGGGACCCUCCCCAGAGGGCUCGGGGGGCAUGGCCGCGGCGGGGCGAUCCCUCUCGGUCCUCCCCGCUGCGUUCGCCCCCAGCAUCCGCGGCCCUUGUGGCCCCCUCCUCCUCCUCCAGCUGCUGCUGCUGGCUCGGGCCGGCGCCCCGGUCAGCGCUGCGUGGACUGGGAUAUCGGAACCAUCCUUUGAGGCGAAAUGUGAAGAUCGUUUGUUUAAGAACUUGUUUCGAGAUUACGAAAGAUGGGUUCGUCCGGUGAAACACCCGAAUGACAAAAUAAAAAUAAAGUUCGGUCUUGCAAUCUCUCAGUUAGUAGAUGUGGACGAGAAGAAUCAGUUAAUGACCACAAAUGUGUGGUUGAAACAGGAAUGGGUUGAUGUAAAAUUAAAAUGGAAUCCUGAUGACUACGCCGGAAUCAAAGCUAUCCGCGUGCCCUCCGACUCCAUCUGGACUCCAGACAUAGUAUUGUUUGACAAUGCAGAUGGACGCUUUGAAGGGACCAGCACAAAAACAGUCGUAAGAUAUGAUGGCACUGUGGCCUGGACCCCACCAGCCAACUACAAAAGCUCCUGUACCAUAGAUGUCACCUUUUUCCCAUUUGAUCUCCAAAACUGUUCUAUGAAAUUUGGUUCCUGGACAUACGAUGGAUCUCAGGUGGAUUUAGUGUUGGACGAUUAUGACGUAGAUAAAAGAGAUUUUUUCGAUAAUGGAGAAUGGGAAAUAGUGAGUGCCACUGGAAGCAAAGGGAACAGAACAGAUGGGUGUUGCUGGUAUCCCUAUGUGACUUACUAUUUUGUAAUUAAGCGUUUGCCUCUCUUUUACACCCUUUUCCUUAUCAUCCCCUGCAUUGGACUCUCGUUUUUAACUGUGCUCGUCUUCUAUCUUCCUUCAAAUGAGGGUGAAAAGAUUUGUCUGUGCACUUCAGUGCUUGUGUCUUUGACAGUUUUCCUCCUAGUUAUUGAAGAGAUCAUCCCAUCAUCUUCCAAAGUCAUCCCUCUAAUUGGAGAGUACCUAGUGUUUACUAUGAUUUUUGUGACAUUGUCAAUCAUGGUGACUGUCUUUGCAAUCAACAUUAACCAUCGUUCCUCCUCCACACAUAAUCCCAUGGCACCUUGGGUUCGAAAAAUCUUUCUUCAUCAGCUUCCCAAACUCCUUUGUAUGAGAAGCCAUGUAGACCGGUACUUUGCCCACAAGGAGGAAACUGGCAAGAUCAAUGGUUCCAGAUCUCCUCGGAACACUUUGGAGGCUGCUCUUGAUUCCAUCCGCUAUAUCACAAGGCACGUCAUGAAGGAGAAUGACGUUCGUGAGGUUGUUGAAGACUGGAAAUUCAUAGCCCAAGUACUUGACCGGAUGUUUUUGUGGACUUUUCUCCUGGUUUCAAUAAUUGGAUCACUUGGGCUUUUUGUUCCUGUUAUUUACAAAUGGGCCAAUAUCCCCUUACCGAAUCAUAUUGGGAAUACAAAUAAGUGAUGCUGUUUCAAGAAUGGAUUAGACAGGAUUAUCCAAAAAAAGGUACCUGGGAUCUUUGACAAUUAUGAAGAAAUAAAACAGAAUAAAUCAUUUUUUAAUUUUAAAAUGAGAUUGGCAUCCUCACACCCAGGAUAAAUCCCAAACUAUGGACAUUAGCUUUCUCUUAGAGACAGUCUCUAAUAGGGCCAGCCUGCAGAAAUAAUGGAGCUCCAACUAUAUUAUUUAAAUAAAGGCAUUUUGAGAUACUAGAUAGAAUUAGAAACUGCUCUCCAAAUUGCAUCAUUGAUCAUUGACCAAUUCCUCUUCCUUUAUUGCUAUUAUUCAGUUGUUCUUCAGUCAUGUCUGAGUCUUCCUGAUCUCAUUUGGGGUUU